AUUGGCAUGUUUUUGGUUGCAUUACAAGCGCGCCACAAAUUGCCAAACACAAAAUCUAUUAGAAAAAUAAGCAAAGCUAGUACCCGCCGGAGUGUAGACAUUUCGCACCGAGCAAGCAAAGCUUACCCGCCCCAACGGCAAGGACGCAGCCUUAACGCACACCUAUCACACCAACUCCGUAACUUGAAUAAAGCUUGCGCUCACGCGCGUAUAACGCAAACGUUCACAAAAAAAGCACAAAUAAACCGCGCGUCAUUGCCGACCAACUUCCACUCCAACGCACCACUAACCAGCGCCUUCGCCCAAUCAUCAUUAGCUGCAGCGCUUUACCAGUUUCGGUGGCGCAACAGCAAAUUGAACUGUAAAGCAUCCGUAACCUAUACAGCGCUACCGCAAACCCAGAGGCGCGCGGCAAAAAACAGCUAUAAAAGUCGGGCAGCGAAGAUAAACGCACGUAAGCGUACGCGUUUAGUAGCGCUUUGUAGACGCGCUGUUAUACGACCACCAUACAUACAAACGCACAACACUACACUACGCCGCUGGACGUCGUACAUACGCCGGGCACAACACAUUCGACGUCGAGCCGCCUGUGCGUCGCCUGUACUGAAUAGCCGCUCAUUCUGGCCGCCUCACAUAACAGCGAAAGCGAUAACAACAAUUCUGUUAGCGGCAGUGGCAGCGAUAAGAAGUCCUUCUCGUUGCAUUGCUGUUGCGUGAUAGUCGACAUAACGCCAGUUUCACAGUCCGCGCGUUUGACAUCGGCAACAACGGCCUCGGGAAGGGAUGUAACCGCUGGCGGCAGCGGUGGUGGUGGUGGCGGCGGUGUACUCGGUGAUGGUGUGUCACAGCUAGCGAGUAGCCUUUUCCGUUUUGGCAGUAAAAAGCGCGGCGUCUGCAUUUGUAAUGCCCAGUGCCCAAUGCAGUCGCUGGAACAGGCACAAUUGGGUCAGCUGGACCCGGCGCUGAAGACACAUCAUGGCUCAUUGGAUCGCCUCUUGCAGCAGCAAGAAAAACAGCAAUUAGCGCCACAACAGCAACUUCAACAACGACCAAGCGCCUCAGCCGUGCACUCGAUGGGCGGCGUCAUUGAUGGUGGCGGCUCAGGCGCGCAGCUCGGCUCAGCCGACUCCGAUGGCGACGGCGAUGAUGAGAAGGAGCCUGAGUUGCCGCCACGUCCACCAUCACGCAUAAAAUCGCAAACGCAUGUGCGUCAUAUAAAGGAGGAAUUCGACCGCGGCGUGGAAGUUGAGAAGUUCUAUCACCAAAUCAAUGGCGAUAUAUUUGAGAUAACGCGGCGCGUGCGUGCACGUGAUGAAGACACCAUCGAGCAAAAAGUAAUUAAGCGUAAAGGUUCUGUCCGCUUACCACCAGAGCCACCACCACGCCAAGCUUCGGUUGCGGCGUCAGCAGCGGCAGCGCAUCCGCAAGUCUAUCGUGCACAUGGACACGGACAUGUGCAUCAGCAUCAUGUACACCGUCAUGGAGCGGAGGGCGGCAAGCCGCAGUUGCCACCGCGCCGCCAGAAGAGCGCUGAGGAGGUGCCGGUAUCGAAAAGCACGACGCGAGCACCUGAAGAAUUGGAAUGGUUCGAUCGUAAAGCGCAACAAAGACAUUCAGCUCGUUCGGCAGAAAGUGGCGCGGUGCGCGAAGAAACUAUCGAGUGGUUAGCGCGCCAGAGAGGGCCGGUGCGCACAUCUUCUGGUCCUAGUGAGAUUACUGUAAUGAAGGAUGAGGUACCCGACUGGCUCUUAGAGCAUUUGCCACGCAAACGUUCCAUGGCCGAAAGGCCAACUGAAUCGAAGGCGAGCGCUGCUUCCUAUGCCAAGGCGCUGAAGGAGGAGUUGGCUGAGCUGUUGAAGAAGCCAUUAUCUAGACAAAGUUCUGCUCAACAUAGCGAGUUUUCAUUGCUCAAAACCGACAUUGUUGAAUGGCUAACGAAAUUGCAGACUUCAUCACGUAGCUCGGCGCGUGAAGAAGCGCCACCGCCAAAAACGCGUCGCGCGCAUCAUCGACGCAAUGGCAGCGGUGAUACGCAACGUUCGCAUUCGCAAGAAGAUGCCACUGUCGCACAACAGGCGGCGCGCAAGCGGCACUCGUUGGGUCAUAGUGACCGCAGCGAGGAAGAGAUGCUCGACUGGAUUGCGUAUCCGUUAAAUAGGCUGCAAUCGUUAGGCAAGCCACCACAACAGAUCGGUACGAUGGACCGACGUCAGCCUUUCGUCGAGUUACAUCACAAGCCAGCAGUACCGCCGCUGCAGUCACAACUACACCAACAGCCUAUAUGCACUGAACGCGAGCGGCGAUCACAUGAACGUUCGCGCGAACGCAAGCUGCGACAUUCCGCUAGUGAAGUUGUGACUGCACCCACCACCUCUGCCGCAGCGCAAAGCCAAUUGGAGCGUUUGUAUGCUAAACCACACAAGGAACGUUAUCAGUAUGUGCCUAAGGAUGUCAAGGAUAUAAUGUUGCCUCCCAAGGAGAGCGCUAUGACCACUGCCGCCACCAGCUCUACUAUACGCGAAUCGAAGCGUGAACGUUCGCGUCGCCAUCAGACACAACGUUCGGCCACCGUCUCGGACAUGUCCGGUCAUCACAAUGGCGGCCUUAAACGCAAAUCUUCAUCGGCGGAACGUGCGCCGCGUUCGCCAUCGCCUUGCAAUGAUCCCGCCUGCCGUUUGCUUCCCAUUUGCACUGAUCCCCACUGCCGUUUCCUCGAAUGUCAAACAAUAGAACGCGGCGCCGGCAUGACAGUGACCACUUCCGCCUCAACGAUGAACCUCGCACGUCAUCAACAAGUGGCGCGCGCACAAAUGCACACAGUGCCUGCACACAUAACGUCGGAUGACACACCAACGCCGCCACCACCACCGCCUCCAACGUCACACCAACAACAACAAUUUCAGUCGGCACCCCAGCGACGCCUCGUUAUUUGUCAUGAGUGUCGAUCGUGUGCGCCGUUACUUACCUGCCAGAAUCGUAAAUGCUUCAAUGCCGCCAAGUGCAACUCACUGCCCCGCAGCGCAGCGGAUUUCAAUCGACUGCGCACCACACUCGCUCAGCCGCCGACAACGCUCGACGACAUCGAACCGGCGCCGGAGACGCCAUCACCACAAAUGCCACACCAUCCCGGCAUGCAAUAUCGCAGCAAUUCCCAGCCGAAUACGCUGCAGCGUGGAGACUCAGCUGCCGCCUUAUGGCAUCAGGACACUAUGGGCACGGUGGGGAGCGGUCCUAUGUUGACUACCGGUAUAGCAACGCAUACCAUUUUGUCGAGCUCACAACCACCGCUGCCGCCUUCAUUACUACACAUCACGCAUGCGGCCAAUGGUCGCCACUACUAUAACGGUCGCAACGGUAACGGUAUAUCACAUCUGAACGGCACAAACGGCAAACUUAUGAAGUCCGCAUCGGCGGCAUCGUUAAAUUCCCGUCGACGUCGUCACAAAACGGUGCAUUUCGGUGAGAAUUUACUACGCGAAGUUUGUCAAAAUCGUAAACUAAUCAAAACUGAACAAGUUCCGUCCGGUUCGGCGCCGAUGAAGGCCAACAUUCAGAUGCUGUACAAUUUCGUUGAGGGUGUGUUGAGCGCGUGGGUGGACGACGACGAAGAACAAGUGCGUUCCGGUGCCGAAUCAGAGCCCGAACAGGGCACGAUGGCAUUGAAACCGAUUUACCGUUGUAAUCGACUGCGCUAUCAGUGCAUCAAACGUAUCGUCGAGGAAGCGGCCGAGUUGCAUGGCACACUGAAAUUGGGCAAUUCGCGUUAUCGGCACAGACAUUGGCGCAGCACCGCCAAGCAAUGCAACGAAAUGUUUCUGCGCAAGAUAUCUGAUGAUGAUCGAAUGAGCUUAACUACAGCCGUAUCUGAUGAAGAUGAUGGCGAAAGUGUCAUGGCGUCACCAUAUAAAGCAAAGGCAACUGGAACUGCUGCUUCCUCAUUCAACUGUACUGGCGCUGUACGCAAAGCCGGUUUCUUAUCGGUGAAAAAAUGGCUACUCCGCAAAAAGCAUCAAAUCGAAUUGGCGCGCAAGCGAGGCUGGAAAGGUUAUUGGGUUUGCCUCAAAGGCACCACACUACUCUUCUAUCCAUGCGAUUCACGUGAGGGUCGUAGCGUUGAAGCAGCACCAAAGCAUUUAAUUAUUGUUGAUGGUGCGAUUAUGCAACCAAUACCGGAGCAUCCCAAACGUGAUUAUAUAUUCUGUUUGAGUACAGCAUUCGGUGAUGCAUAUCUAUUCCAGGCGCCAUGUCAGGAUCACAAGCUGAAGCACAUGGCUGAGCUGCAGCAAUCCGUUGUCACCGACCAGGAUACGCGCCAUCAAAUACAAACACAAAUCCUACAAUGGGAAGAGAAUUUGGAGCGUCUACAUUGCGAACAGUUCCGCUUGCGUUGCUACAUGGCGUCGCUGCAGAGUGGCGAAUUGCCAAAUCCAAAAUCCUUGCUCACACACGUCUCACGGCCAACUAAGAACACUUUGAAUAAAUUGGGCGUCUUCACUGUAUCCUCAUUUCAUGCAUUCAUAUGUGCUCGUUCGCCAUCUUUGCUGAAUAAUUUAUUGGCCGGACGUGGUGCCACAAAACGUCGACCACCGAUGCUCUCGCGCUCGAAUAGCGGCUCCAGUCGGCGUUCAAUGCAGAUGAAUUCACGUGACGAACCGGAAAAAACCUUCAAAGUUGCCAUGCCUGAUAAUGCUUACGCCACGGUUUAUCUACGUGACGCCAUGUCGGUGGAGGAAUUUUUGGCUAGCGCCUGUGCUCGUCGCAAUCUCAAUCCGAUGGAGCAUUUCGUACGUGUGAAGAAGCGACGUGACAUGGAGGAUCAUAACUACUUUGUGCCACAUCGUAAUGAUUUGAUUGAAAAUUACUUGCAUAAUCACGAAUUCGUCGAGGUCUGCAUGAAGAUACUCUAUCAAGUGGAAUUACAUCGCACCACACUCGAACAAAUGUGGGGCUUCUCAGUCGAAGCGGAACUGAUCGAGAAUGCCGAACGGCAGGAUGAACUCUGCUGCUAUGUCAGCCGAGUGGAGGACAAGAGUGUUGCCAUGCAAAAUGGUAUUAUCAAGGGAGACGAAAUAAUGGUGAUCAACGCUGCAAUUGUAUCCGACUUGGAUAUGAUGUAUUUGGAGAGUGUGCUGCAAGAGGAGCAAUCACUAUGCAUGAUGAUGCGCUCAUCACGCACUGAGCCACCAGAUCUAGUUGGCAUUAUGCGCGUCACUGAUGACAUGAUUGAUUCAUUGGUUUGUCCACCGCCACCAUCGGAUCCGCCCGUAAUGAGCGAGGAGAUGAUAUCCGGUUUAAUCGUGCCGGCGCCAGGUUGGAAUGGCACCGGUAAAGAUUUAUAUUCACCUGAGGCCGAAAGCUCACCGGCACCGUCAUCCGUUGAACCGACACCAGCACAAAUGGUCGCUGUCGCCACCAAGCCGACCUCACGUACGAGCAGUUUCGAAAUUGAGAAUCUACUCAAGACCGCAGAGCAGGUUACCGGAUUUUGUCGUUCACCUCAGGAAACCCGUAAAUCCAGCCCGACUGGUUCUGUCACAUCGUCAGUCUCGAAUGCCGCACUGACACCGUCACGUCAGCUUACCGAUGCUGAGAAAUUGCGCAAGGUCAUUUUGGAGUUGGUCGACACGGAACGUACUUAUGUUAAGCACUUGAACAAUCUUUUGGAGCACUAUUUGGAACCAAUGAAACGCGAAACAUUCCUAUCGAAUGCCGAAAUUAAUGCACUCUUUGGUAACAUUCACGAAAUUGUCACAUUCCAAAGGCAAUUUCUGCAAAAUCUCGAAGAAGCGUUGGAAUUGGAGCCAGACUUCCAUAAGUUCGAGCAUUCAAGUCAGUUCCGGAAUGUGCUCUUUGCGAUCGGUUCGGCUUUCUUGUACUACGUCAACCAUUUCAAGCUCUACUCAUCAUUUUGUGCUAGUCACAGUAAGGCACAGAAGGUUUUACAUCCAAAUGAGGGUAAUCACGCACUACAGGAAUUUCUUGCCGCACGCAAUCCGAAGCAGCAGCACAGCAGCACAUUGGAAUCGUACUUAAUCAAGCCGAUACAGCGCAUCCUCAAGUAUCCACUGCUGUUGCAACAGUUGCGCAAUUUAACCGAUUCGCGAGCCGAUGAACACUUGCACUUGUGCGAGGCACUCAAGGGCAUGGAAAAGGUAGCCGAGCAUAUCAAUGAAAUGCAACGAAUCCACGAGGAAUAUGGUGCUAUAUUCGAUCAUUUAUUCCGACAACAUCAGAAGUCAUGCAAGCAGCCCAUCGAUUUGAGUCCAGGUGAUCUGCUUUAUUAUGGCGGCGUUGAGUGGCUUAAUAUAUCCGAUUUCCUUGGUAAAAUUAAGAAGGGUUUGGAGUUGCACGCCAUGUGCUUCGUUUUUAAAUCAGCGGUUGUGUUCCUUUGCAAAGAACGUUUGCGUCAAAAGAAGAAACUUAUGGGUGUUUCGAGUAAAAACACACCCAACGAAGUGGAAAUCAUACGCUAUCAAGUGCUCAUACCCGUCACCGAAGUACAGGUGCGCGCCUCUUCCGCCAAAGAUAUGGACUCACACUUCCUAUGGGAAUUGAUACAUUUACGCUCGCAACUACAACGCCGCUCUGAGAAGGUUUACGUACUAUCGAACAGCACAGCCGAUUUUCGUAAUGCAUUCCUCAAGACUAUACGACAAAUCAUACGCGAAAGUGUACGCAACAUGUCCAUACCGAUGAAGGGUUUCGGCAGUAGCGGCUCAGUAUCAGGCAUCUCAUCGCAAGGUGGCGGUUCGGGCAGUUCGCAAACGCUCGAGCGACCAAAGCAACAGAUAACAAUCAUUCAAGGCUCGCAGACCUUGGGUAAGCCCAAGAAGAAGUCCGGUUCGCAGCGUCAUUCGGCCGGCAAUAUCGACUAUGAUAAUCUAUCGGGCAGCCAAGAGGCCGACGAUGUGCCAAUGCUGCAUCAUCAGCAUCAACAACAACAACUACAACCGAGUGGUUUCCGUGGACGCAGCAAGACUGUGGGCGAUACUACAGAACUAAUGUCCUCCUCCAUAGACCCACAGCAACAGCAGCAGCAACAACAUCAAAAGCAUAUGCAACACCAUCAACAACAACAAAUGCAUCAUCAUCAUCAGCAAAUGCAUCAGAGCGAUAUCGAACGCAUGGAUCCGGGCACCAAAUCCGAAGGCGAAGAGGACUCCCAGCAGGGAACAAUCAAAGCGAAAGCUACGCUGGGUCGUACACCCAAUCAUUUGACAUUGAGCACCACAUCAACCCUAUCGGUUGGCAGCACUGGUAGUCAAGCGCGUUUGAUACAAUCAUCUCAUCCGCCAUCGAGCUAUCAGCCAGUUCUCAUGAAAGAUUUAGGUAAGACUAACUCAAUAACAAAAGAACUAUCGUCUUCCCCUCAAUUGCAAGCUGCAUCCGUAGCAGCAGCUUUUAAUUUAAGUUUAGGUAGUAGUAGUAGUGGUAAUGGUAGAGUAAUAUAUACAACCAAUAACGUUACUGGCACCACAAGUGGUUUAACAAGUAGAGGUAGUGGUAACGGUAACAAUCAUAACUUACAUUGUGUGGCAACACCAAAACGCUUGUCACCACGACAAUCGCCCAAAGCAGAUAUCGAAGUAAUUGAGAUUUUCGCUAAUGAGCUAAGUCAGCUGACCGCCGCUCAGCAAGUAUCGGUUGUGCAUCAUUCAGCAAAAGAGUCUUCCAAAAAAUCGUCAAGUAGUCGUCAGGCAAGUGUCAGCAGUAGUGGCAGCGGCAGCGGUAGUAGCAGUAACGGUGCUAGCGCUGCUUCGCACACACAUGUCGUCGACAAGCAUUUGAGUGAUCUCGAGCAUGAGCAACUCAGCGACACCACCUACGAUAUCGCCGCCUAUAUGGCCAACCUUAAGGAGCAAGCGCUCGAAUCGCAGGAUCUACAAAUGGAUGCACAGGAUCAACAACAAAAUGAUUCGAGUUUGUCGCCGGAACCGCAAACAGUUGUGGAGAAUACACAACAAACCGUAGUGGCCGAAAUAGAGUCACCACCACGACCAGCUACAGAAUCGGAUAGCACAGGCACCACGACGGGCACUUCGGAAAAAUCCGAAGAUGAAUCGGAAGAUGCCAGAAGGUUGGCAAAACAUCAUGUGAUCAUCGACAAGAAGGUCGAUAAAGUUUUCAAAUCAAAAUCUUCAGAGAAGGCACAAAAAUCGAGCAGCGGCAGUAGUAGUAGCAUUGCCAGUACCGGCGCAAAACCGAAGACAACGAAAUCACCACGUCAAAGCAUAUACAUUUCACCCGACCGCUCCAAAUCACAAGGUAGUUCGCCCGUACGCAUAAUUAAAAUAAAAUCACCACGCACCAGUGUCAGCGAUCAAGGUAAACGACUGAGCGUAAGCUCCAGUCGCGACUCCUCGGCCGAUCGCUUGUCCAGCGGACGCCGCACACCCAGUCCACGUCGCAGCUCCGAGGGUAGUGGUAUACUGAAACGACCCGCCAGUCCCGCCGGCGGCAUACUGAAACCACCACCCAGCCCCAGUAAAUCGAAAAGUCCCGACCGCAGCUGCCUCAAGAAACUCACACCCUCUCACGACUGCAGCGUCGAAUCACUUUCGCCGCACAUAUCACCGCGCGACAGCAUCGAACACCUGUCGCCCGAUCGCGCCGGUAGCAGUCUGUGUCAGCGUCAUUCGCCGCGCAGCAGCUUCGACAGCCGCAGCUCUGAACCGAAUCUCGAUAUACCACGUUCGUCGCUCAAAUCGCCACGCGGCAGUUUCGAAUCGCGAUCGCCGGAACGUUGCAGCCGUAAACGCAGUCAGUCGGCGCACAGUAGCUUCGAGAACGGACAACGCGCCGCCGCGCUGGCCGCCAACGAAGCCUACUACCAAUAUUAUCCCAUUUAUGAUAAUCAAACUUGUAGCGAUCAUUAUAUAUCAGCCGCUACAACAACGCAUAUGCCACGCGACAUCGGCACCAAUACAAGCACGCGUCGCCUUAGUAAAUCUCUGGAGCGUUCUACGUCACGCGAAAGCACCACCAGCAGCUCGUACCGUUAUGGCGUAUCACCCGAACGUAUUUACACAAUUAACACGAUGGGCGCCAGCGCCGGUCCACUGCGUUCUCAGUCAGCUGAAAAUGCAUUUGCGCACUACGCUUAUGAUCCACAUACGGGUCAACAUUAUCAAAUGCAGCCGCCACAGGAAACCAUUGCAACAGCAGCACCACCAGCUGCCUUCAUGUACGCACACGAACCGCAAUGUCCACACGAACACAUGUCGGCCUAUCAGUUGAGCUCGUCGGCACCCGAGCACACCACAUGCAUUGACUGUUUGUACCAAAAGCGACCAUCCUAGCAUAAGGCCCGCGUACGGCAGAGUCGUACGCGGAAGAAGACACCACGUGGCGUCGUACAGCCACCAAUGGCCACAGCGUCAGGUAUGAUUUGUGCUGCGAGCUUUGAUCCCGACGCAGCAGUGGCGGCGGGCGCCAGUGAGGCGAGCGGUUGUGUAGACUGUCAUGACUAUUAUGAGAUACAUGUUUAAACGGGAGUGCGAAGUCGUAUGGAAAAUCAAAACUAAAAUAAAAAAAAACUCCCUCAAACUAUGAUAUAUUAAACUACCCGAAAAUCCCCAUAGCCUGUAUAACAGGAUAAAACGUACGCAAGUAAACUCGUUGCCAUCCAAAAAUCCUCAACUGACAAUUUACAUGGACCAUAUAUACAUAUACAUAUAUUUAUAUAUAUAUAUAUAUGUGUUUGCAUAAUCGCCAUUGUUGCUUGACACAGGGAUUUUUGAAACAAAAACAAAAGCAACAACAAUAUAUAUAUUAUAUAUGUACAUGUGCUUUUUCGUAUUUGUGAAUGUCCUUUCUUCAGAAUUAAGACAUAAGGAUUAGCUUGUAGGUUGUAAGGAAUCUUAGUUAUGUACACGCUUACAUACAUAUGUAUAUACAUAUAUAGUCUCUGUUUAAUUUUUCACAAAGUUUUUCAUCACUAAUACAUACAUACAUACGUAUAUCGUGUAUAUCGAAAUUUAAUAUGAAGUUAACAUUGAUUUUUUACAAAUCUGUUUACUUCGACAUAAAACCAAAGAUGUAAAACAACAAAUAUGAUGGCAUCGAAGUGCUGAAAAUUGACGUUGUUGCUGUACUUCUAAAAAAGUUGUGAAAAUCUACUUGUAUGCGUAUGCACAUACAUAUACAUACAUAUGUUUUUGGUCAAUACGUAAUUAGUUUGUAUGUGAAGAAAUAUUUAACGGUUAUGUAAUCGAAAGUAUAUACAAAAAAUCCAACAGCAAAUAAUUAUAAUAUAAAAAAAUAAUAGUAUAGUAUAUAACGGUACAUUGUAACACUGUACAGCGAUAAGCACGUAAAUUUAAUAGUAACCCGCUAAAAAUAACAACAACAACUCAUUUAGAUGUUUUUGUUGUAACGUAUAGCUUAGUGCUGUUAAGUAAGAAUUUUUUUUUUGGUUCACAAAAGACAUUCUCAUAUGUCUUCCACUAUAAGUGAUUAGAUUUUGAGGUUAAAAUUUUUCUCUUAAUUGCAAAACCUUUCAGUAUUUUUUUAAGACGACCGAAGAUACUUAAAAACAUACCAAGAAUAUAAAUAUAUUUUUUAUAUAGUUGCAAGUCUGUUCUAAACCAAACUCAGUAGCCAUACCACCCUCAUGGAAGCUAAAAAUUUCAAUCUAUUUAUCAUUGAAACUGGCACCACAAGCUGAUUUUAGACAAACUUACUAGACAACUCACACUCACUAGAAUCGACUUAAACUACGAGUAUAUGUAUAUGUAAGUACAAACUUAUAUAUUAUAGUGCCAAUUAGAAUUUUGAACGCGCCUAUUAUGCUAAUACGCUUCGAAAAUAAUCUCUGAAUGCAAUCGUUCGGUUUACAGUAGAGCUUCAGAGUUCGAAAAGAAUGGACCUUGACGAUUAUUUCAGAUUUUUUCGAAUAUGUGCUAUUUUUCGGAAAUUCAGAUCUAUUUCCACUUUUUUAAUCACUCCUUUUCAAACCCUUCCUCGUUAUUAGGAAUAAUACCGAAAUAGCUGCUGAAAUAUUCCUAUCUUGAGCUUAAAGAUAAAUCAGAUAAAAAACCAGUGGAAAUAACAGCAGCUGGCACCAUCACAAGGCUAACGGAACACACUAUCACCAAGCUGAUGUGGGGUUCGAACCCAAUUCCGAACGAUAUCAGAAAGUAGUAUUAAAGUUCGCCCCUUACCAGACGAUGGCAAGUCUUCCAGUGCAGGGUUAUUUUUAAUUUCAAUCUGAACUAACAUUUCACGUAUAAUUCAAGUAUUUUAGAUAAAUUGUGCCCCAGGGGAAAUUAGUCGAAAACAAACUAUAUUAAAUUUCGAUACACGAAAAAGAGGCAGUAAUUUUAAGAGCAUUUAUGCACAAAUAUGUUAUAGGCUUUCCUGAGACGAUGGCAGCUUAAAGCAGAUUUCUUGAUAACAUUUCGAAGUUAGCACUGCAGAAAUUGCACAACGGUGCAUUGAGGUUAUCGUUAAAUUGAUUUCCAUGGUAUUGGCUUGGCUUUGUGUUAUUAUGUGGCACACGGAAGGGUGGUGUGUGCUGAGAGGCAUAUAUGAUUAGAAUGGAUAAAUUUUGAAAAAUAGUUAUGGACUAAAAAUUAGUAAUGAGUAUUUUUGGAUAACAAAGGUAUGAGAUUCAAAAUAAUAUCCAUAUUAAGAAAAAGGUAUUCAUAAAUUCACCUACUCUAUGGCGUGUUUUCAUAUAUAAUUUACUACUUGUAAUUUCAGAAUUAUAGAUAAAAAUUUUGAGUUUUGAAUUGAAUUAAUUGAAUUAAAAAUAUCGAGAAUAUUUGCUAGAAGUAUAGAGUCACAAGGAAGAAAUUCAGGUUAUUUUACAUAAGUAGCUAUACUACAAUAUAUUUGACUUGAAUUUUAUCUGACAUAUGCAUAACGAUGGGCAUCAAAUCAUUUUCGACAUAUGUAUAUAUACGUAUAUGAACUCUCAAAAAAUAGAAUAAAUAGGUUUAAAAGAGGUAAUAGAUUAUUAAGAAACGAGAAAGAAAUAAAAAUUGUAUAUAUAUACUGAGUUACUAGCAUAUACUUAAAGAAAUCGAUUCGAAUAAUUUAAGGAAAAUCAUGAAAACCCAAAGAAACUUUGAUGUUAACAUACCUGUCCUUGCAGUUUUGAAGUAAAACUAGUGUCUAUAUAUAAAUUUACUCAAACGUUUACUCAAUAAAAAGUGUACAACAAUCAGGAAUUUCCAGAGACGUAUGGCAACUAU